CGCCGCCAUUUAUCAUUUUUUGUCAUGCGCGCUCGGGGAUGCUACGAUAUUUCGUGCUCGUGAGUGUUUUUUGAUACAAAGUGAAUUCAAAACUUCGUAAAACGUGUAAAACUUGUGUUGCUCUGUUAAUACUAGUGAUAACUUGACAGUGGUGUGUUUGUGUGUAAAAUACAUUCAAAAUGAAUAAAACUUGCGCGAGGUGUGAGAAAACAGUUUACCCGACUGAGGAGUUGAAAUGUUUGGACAAGGCGUGGCACAAAGGCUGUUUCAAAUGCCAGGAAUGCGGGAUGACGCUCAACAUGCGGACAUACAAAGGAUAUGGCAAACUGCCAUACUGCGAGGCACACGUUCCAAAGGCGAAGCACACGACGAUGGCAGAGACCCCUGAACUCAAGCGGAUAGCAGAAAACACCAAGCUGCAGAGCAACGUCAAGUACCACGCGGAUUUUGAGAAGAGCAAGGGGAAGUUUACACAGGUGGCAGAUGAUCCCGAAACUCUCCGGAUCAAGGCGAACACCAAGAUCAUCAGCAACGUCGCGUACCACGGGGAAUUGGAGAAGAAGGCUCAGAUGGAGAAACAGCGGCAGAUAAACGAGAAUGGAGAACUAGUCGACGUGCCCUCCGACAACUACCACCAGCAGCUCGAGAACUACGCCAACGAGAUGCUACCAGUCCCGCCGCCCCAAAAACAACCCCAAGUCUACCAGCCACCCCCGGCGUACCAGAACCAGAAUCAAAACCAAUCCUACCAGAAUCAGAACCAGCAAUAUCAGAACCAGAGUUACCAGAGUAACCAGAGUAAUCAUCAGCCGGCGUAUAAUCAGAAUCAAUAUCGACCGCAGCCGAAACAAUAUGAAGAUUACCAGCAGAAAUACGACGAUUACCAAAACCAAUUCGCCUACGGACAGUAUCAACAACCAGGGGCUAAUUAUGGGGUUGGAAGCCAGCAGAAGAUCGGUAGGAUUCAAGACUAUGAUCCGCUGGUAGACGGCCCGCGGGUGCCGCCCAAUACUCAGCGGGCGUCGGCCACGCUCAUCUAUAACAGCACGAGUGAUGGGAAGAGAGGGUCCCACCACCAGCAACAGCCAGCCCAGAGCACGCGGCAGAUCGGCCGCGUGGCCGACCUGGACCCGCUGGGCUCCGAGCGCGCCGCCUACGCCGGCCCCGACCAGAACUACAUGCAGGUCAUGUCCAACAAGCACGAGCCCGAAGUGCAGAAAGUAUACAUCGCGAUGUACGACUACGAAGCGAACGACAGCGACGAGGUGUCGUUCCGCGAGGGCGACCUGAUCUCCAACGUGACGGCCAUCGACGAGGGCUGGAUGACGGGGCGCGUGCUGCGCACCGGCCGCACCGGCAUGCUGCCCGCCAACUACGUCGAGCGCGCGCCGCCAGGGACCUACACGCACUGAACUAACCAUACCCACCUUCAUAGCGACCGGUAAGCGAAGUACCUUGCUGUGCGCCACCUAUGAAAAACUUUGUCGGUAUAAAAAGGCGCGAAAUUCAAAUUUUAUAUGGAGAUCGUGCGCCGCAAGGGACCUACACGCAUUAAGGUAAACAUACCCUUUCUGCCCUCCUAAACUAAAAGGCGGUAUCUCAAAAACAAAUGAACUUGAAAAUGGAACUUAAGGAUUAGGAUUUUAAGGUAAGAUAUAUCCGGAUAAUUCCAAAUAUCGAACACCGGAUAAUUCCGGACUUAUGACGGAAUUUCGGGUGAUUUUCAUCUGAUCCGACAAACGAAAUAACCCGAAUACAGCCUACACAGAGCUGCUAAAGUGCAUAAAUUAAAUUCGUUCAUAAAGUGGGUUUGCACUUUUGCAGCUCGCUGUACAUCUUUACGUUCAAUUUUCAUUUGAGAUACCGCUUUUAGCUUUUUUAUAAUUACCGGAAAGCGAAAUAAAUUAUGAAGUACCUUGACGCGACUAACGAUAUAGACAGCUUUAAUUUGAAUACUACGGGAACGGGUUCAUAUCAUUCUUAUGACUGUUACUAUGGGUACUUUACCACUAUUUACGGGCACAACCUAAGGACAAUUAUCACUCGUCGGCUAUCCUGAACUGAAGGGCUAAGAUAGUCGGUUCUUUAUCAUUUGUCACCAUGCCUGUCACGUUCUAACAAGUAUGCAAGUGCGAAAGUGAUAAAAAUACGACCGUGCUACAGCCACUGCACUGAGCUGUGUUUUAUAUCCCGAAUACAAAAAUGACCGUUCAAUUCACUACUGUCCAAACAUUCUGCUUUUGUACUACAAUACCGAAAUACCGGAAUAUCGGACCGAUAUUUACCAUAUUAUAGUACCGGAAUUGAAGAAAACCAAUAUUGAAAUUCCAGUAUCCGAAAUUUUUAGUUUCGUUUUAUAAAAGACUGAUUUAAUACGACGAAAAGUGUGAUUGUUGGGAAUAUUAAGUUUAAUAGACCUUUCUUAUAUUACUACUAAUAAAUUAUAUUAUUAUAUACUUAUAAAAAAUUUAAACAGACCAUUUUCAUUAACUAUUUGACUGUUUUUCCCAUAAAAAAAGAUUUUUGGUUAUUUUCCAUAUCGCUAUUAGUUCCGGUAUUUUGAGCUAAUAUUGGAUUACAAUACCGUAUUGAGAAUCGUCCGAUUUUGGACGCCUUUUUAAAACUAAUUUCGUACUAAUUGGCAAAUCGGCUGGACAAUUAGAGAUAAUCGAACUUUUAUUUUAUUAUUUGGGAAAUAAAAACAAGGUUUAAACGAACUUUGAAGCUCUGACAUUGCUUACCACUAUUUUACCUUAGAAUUGUUAUAUUUGGUAUUUUUGUACCAAAACCAACAAAAAGUUGUCAAAAUAUUCAUAUAAAUAUAUUUUAUGUAGUAACUAACUUUAUGACACUCGUCAAAAUGCUACUUCAUUAGAAUUAUAUAAGAUGCAUUUCUUGCAUUUCUAAAAUAACAAAUUUGUAUUAAACUAGGAACGUAAAAGUGCUUCUAGUUUAGAUAUAUAUAGUACGUGUUAUCCACGAUGACGCGCAGCCAAAUCUAAACUUUAAUACUAUGACAAAAUGAAUCAAGGCAUGCGUCUUCGUGAAUGACACGAUGUAUACCCAAUACGAUGUAUAAACAAGGGUUGUGUCCAAAAUAAACUAAAUAGUAUUUCAUUCAAUCUGUCGAACAUCAUUCAAUCAACGAUCAAAAUAUCAAAAUUUAUUUAUUUAUUUAUAUGCUCCUAUUGCCAAACUUUGCAAUUGUAUAGGUUGUAACAUUUUAUAUGUAAAAUACAUAUCGUUUUACUUCUUAGCACGCGUUUAAAAUGUACAGUCAGUGGUCCAAUUGUUUUAUAUAUAUGCUUACUGAAAAGUUGAUAGCAUCGGGGGACUCUGUAUCUUACAAUGUUAAUAUGUCAUUGAAAACGUUUUUUUUCUUGACCUUAUUUCAAUUUUGGAAAAGUAGGUAUUUAUGCUGAUGACUACUUUUUCUUUAGAUUCUCUCUAGACGUAAUUGUAUUUAAUUUUUGGGAAAAUACAUUUUAGACUAUUGGAAAUGUCUCGAAAUUGUCUCAACUUAGAUUAAAGUAGAAACUGGCUUUAAACACGUCAUUCCAGUUUAUGUAAUAUUUUUAUAUACAUUUACAAUACUGACUUAUGGAUUGUUGUAAUUAGGGUUAAGGAGGGAACAGUGGCUCGGUAAAGAAAAACCGGGUACAGUGGCUCACUCAACCUAGGUUCAACACAAGAGAGGCGAUAUUUGGGCGACUGAGCCACUGUUCGAGCUGAGCCACUGUUUCCGCCUUGACUGUACACAUAAUGCCUGUAAAUAUUAAAGAUGUCUGAAAAUACUAAUAUGUUAAAUGCAACCUUAAGCAAUUUAGCUUUUAAUUUGUUUCAUUAAUUCCAUGAACAUACAUUCAUGGUGUAUAAAUCCAUAUUUAAUAUUUAAAUAACUGAUAAACGUAAUAUUGCUGAUUUUAAAUAAUUUUAAGUCAUGAACUUUUUAAACAGCUUAAGAGUUUUAAGAAAUACUGUUUUAAUAUCUAUAUUUUUCUAUUCAAUAUUAUAAAACCUCAUUUUACCUAAGCUUAACAAAAUUGUACGCAGAUUUCUCUCGGCGUUAAUUAUGUAUUUCUUAUAAAUAUUAAAAUAUAAAUGUUGUUGUCAUCAUCAUGAAAUCCUGUAUUUUAAUGCAUUUUAUAAAAUAUGGCAUUUUAACCUUUUGAACGCUUUAUGUCAUAAACAAAAACGUCACUAACACGCUAUAAGGUCCCGGGUACAAGCGAGCUAAUGUGAACCUUACUCGAAAGUGUGAAGGUUACUUUGAUAGCAUCCACCAUAACACCUAUAGGUGUCCUUGGCGCUGUGGGCACGACUAGUAACCACGACUUUAGGUGUUCUUGGCGUUCAAAAGGUUAAAAAUAUAUCGCAUUGAUUUUUUUACAUUCUUAUUUAACAUUCCGUGUUUUUUAUUUCUUAUUUAUGUCGGUUGUUAACAUGCUCGUGUUUUACAUUAAUGUCCAUAAUAAUUGUCAAUAAGCAGUAAAAAUAAGCUGGUCUUACGAAAAUAUUAAAUAAAUACACAUAUGACCAAUGUA